AUGCGACCAUCCCGGCUAUUCCUUAGUGCUUUCGUCUCAAACAGUGAUGCAAACAUACCCUUAGUGUACGAAACUUCGGCCGGUGCUUUAAUCAAUGUGGAUGACGCAGUAAGGCGGUCUUCCUCUGUCGUUUGCUCAGUUUGCCAACGAAUUGGUGCCUCACUUCGAUGUUACAAACUGAACUGCGAAAAAUAUUUUCAUGUUUUAUGCGCGAAAUCAACAAGGGGAAAAUUCAUGAAGGAUAAGUUAAUUGCAAAACUGUUCCACAGCGAAGCCGAUCGUUUGGUGCUACGGAUUGGUAGUCUUACAUUCAAUCACAUUGGACAGCUACUUCCAGAACAGCUGAAAGCCUUCCACAAUUCGGAGCACAUUUUCCCG